GAUAGAUUUGAAAAUAAUAGCGAUUGUACCUCCAAAUACCCAGGCAAUAUGAAUAAAAAAACGUUUGCUAACCUUAUGAGCAUUGAGAAGAAAGCAUUUGAAAAGAAUGUGGAAAACUAUCGAAGGUUGCUGUUAAACGAUGAAAACGCCAGACCAAUUAACCGAGCAGUAAGCAUUCAAACAGUUAAAGUUGAAACCAUCUCAGACGAGGAAUCAUCGGAUGAAGGCGCUACCCCACCGAAGAGGAUGUUGAAUACAUUUGAAGCAAAUCCAACAUUUGGGAAAGUGGCCGAUUAUCCGCGUAUAGGAAGCGUUACUGCCAAUGAUCAUUCAACAGCGAAUUCACGUAAAUACAAAAACGCCACACCCAUCAAACAAGCAGUAAACACUUCCUGUGCAGGUAAAUACGAAAAUGACGAAACCAUAACACCUGUUGUGUUUUUACGUAUGAAGCUUACAUGCUUACUGUAGGGUUAAUAGAAAUGUCAAAAUGGAAAUAGGAGAAGAACAGAGAAAUAGUAUGUACCAAUAAGUUGAACGCGACGGACGCGAAUUUCUAUACAAUUUUGAAGUUAAUAUAUUUUAUACUGCUGGAAAGCAAAAUUCCUGACUUUUAAUUGGGUUCGGGCGUUGCAAAAAAGCUUGCAACGAAACAUUGGUGCCGUGACCAGGAUUCUGGCGAGGAAAUUCAAAUCGUCAUAGGAAGCAAACUUCGUAAGUUAACGCGUGAACAAGAACUUAUUGGUGGUACAUAUGCAUGUACUAGGUACGUAGAAUUCGAUUGCAAAUUCUUCGAGCAACAACAACGAAGGAACGUCAGCAGCUUGAGUUUAUUAAAAGCGGUGCAUACGACGAACACGUGAACGUGUUGGAGUUGAGGUUGGCAGCGAAGCGUCGACGCAGGCAGAGAAGUUCUCAGUCAGCGGUAAUCGAAAGAACUAGAAAACAAGAAACAAAAGAUUUAGCAACGGCAGUUUCCUAUUGUUGGAUCGUAUGAUCGAGCGCAUCUUAAUUUACACGGGGAAAAAAACUAGUUAAAUUGCAAAAAAAGACGACAAGAGCCGAAUAUUUCUUAAAAUUUUUUGGAGUAAUUCUUGCAAAGUAACAAAGAAAUAUGGGUAAUGAAGAUGAAAUGGAGCAACAGGUUGAUCUGACCAAAGCUGAAAAAUUGUCGGAGUAUAAACAAUUGCGCUCGUCGACCAAGGGAAAUAUAACUCGAAUUAAAACAGCGGUCAGCAAGAAGAAUGUUCCUAUCGAGGAGCUGGGUUGCAGGUUAGAUAUUUUGGAAGCCUACUUCAAGCAGGCAUUGUCGAUUAGUACCAGCAUACUUCGACUGUGUACUCCAUCGGAAUGUGAGUCCCACGAGAAGGCAAUGGCAGACAUCGAGGAUAUUUACGUUGCAGCUAAGGCGAAAAUAAAAGAGAGGCUGGCUGCAAGCCGGGUUGAUGCCGAGGCAAGUGCGCUUAACGUUACAACGGCGGCGAUUCCGCAAUCGUCAAUGAGGCGUCAUAUAAAACUACCAA